AUGCCAACCGCACCUGUCAGUGAAGACAACGCUCCUCAUGUGCAGCUUUACUACGAGGACUCCGGUGUACCAUCCAGGACCGCCAUAUAUACCACCCUUGUGGUAUUGCAUGGGACAGGAUUUCAUGGAGCGAUAUUCCAGAGACUCGUACCUUUGGCAUCUCCAGCUGGUCUGCGCCUCGUCCUCAUCAACCGGCGAGACUACCCCGGGUCGACCCCUUUCAGCGACGAUGACAUAGCACUCAGUACACCCGGGUCCCCACAGGAAGAUAGCGAGUUAUUUUUAUGGGAGAGGGCGCUCGAGCUUGCGAGGUUCUUGGUAUGGUUUGUCCGCGAAGGCAAAGUGCCGAGCAUUAGCACGUCCGACUCUGGCGUACGCGAAGGCGGGCUCAGUAUCGUUGCGUGGAGCUCGUCCAACAUCAUAGUCAUGUCGCUCAUGGCCAAUCUCUCGCGGCUCCCUGACGAUCUACGAGGCACGCUUGAGCCCUAUAUGAGGUCGUAUAUUCACUUCGAUGGUCCGCGCUGGGCCCUUGGCUAUCCCGACUCCGAAUACUUUACGCUUGCCCAUCCGUUAAUGGAUCCCACGUUGAGCAAAGAAGAGAAGUUUGCACGCUUCAAGCACUGGGUAUCUGCCUACUAUGAUCAUCCCGAUGUCGCCUCGAGAUCCCUGUCGGGUUUAACAGAGGUCCCUCCUUCCGAAUCGACCUCCACAACCGACCGCAUGUCCCCAGAAGAGGAUGCUGCCACAUCGUCUUACGAUGCGCUCGUCCACAGUGAGAGGCACAUACGCGCCCUACCACCGAGUGUGCUUUUGCGGAACCGGAAUCGCGCACUGUUCGAAUACGACCCUGAGCAUGUCGUCAGUCUAGACCUAUGGCCGAAGGUGCCGGUCAAGAUGCUACAGUGCGAGAAGAGCCUGUGGGACAUGAUCAGCGCUAUGUGGGAGACAGAAGAUACAUACAAGGCGAGCCUUCUGGAGAAGCGACCUGUGCGUCAGAUGGAGUUCCAUAUGCUUGAGGGGUGUAACCAUUUCGCACACUGGGACGAUCCCGAGAAGACCAUCAGGCGAUGGGCUGAGAUUGCUUGA